AUGAAGUUAUCUAUACUAUUGAGUGUCCUGGUGAUCGCAGCCGCCAGCGCUGUGCCGCGGCAGCAGCGCCAGUUUCCUGAUGACUUCAUCUUCGGCACUGCCACAGCUUCCUACCAAAUCGAGGGCGCUUGGGAUGAAGAUGGCAAAGGCGAAAAUAUUUGGGACUACAACACCCACCGCGACCCGACCAUCAUUGUCGAUCAGAGCAACGGCGACGUGGCCGCUGACUCCUACCACAACUACAAGAGGGAUGUCGAAAUGAUGCGGGAACUCGGUCUGGACUGCUACCGUUUCUCACUAUCCUGGCCCAGAAUCCUCCCUUCUGGCUUCCCCAACCACAUCAACCAAGCUGGCGUCGACUUUUAUAACAACUAUAUCGACGAAAUGCUGAAAUACAACAUACAACCUAUAGUAACUCUAUACCAUUGGGAUUUACCUCAAAAACUCCAAGAGUUAGGCGGUUUUACGAACCCUUUAUUCGAAGAAUGGUUUGAAGAUUACGCAAGAGUCGCAUACAGCCUUUUCGGAGACAGAGUCAAGUUGUGGAUCACUUUUAACGAGCCUAAGGAAAUCUGCUAUCAAGGAUAUGGGUCUGUGACUAAAAUGCCUCAAGUGAAUGCUACUGGUAUAGGAGAAUACCUGUGUGCUAAGCAUUUAGUGAUGGGUCAUGGGAGGGCGUACCAUUCCUAUAAUAAUGAUUUCAAGCCGUCCCAAGGCGGGCAAUGUGGGCUUACGAUUAAUUUGCAAUGGUAUAUGCCUGAUACGGACUCUGAAGAAGACGCACAUGCGGUGGAUUUGAUGAACCAAGCUACUUGGGCGCUUUACACCGAUCCUAUCUACUCACCUGAAGGCGGUUUCCCCAAAGAAUUAUCAGAGAUAGUCGCCAAGAAAAGCGCUGAGCAAGGUUACCCUCGUUCCCGAAUGUUGUCCUUCACAGACGAAGAAAGGGUUUACGUCCAAGGCACUUAUGAUUUCUUAGGACUGAACCAUUAUUCAGGGAACAUCGUUUCGGCGACGAGGUAUAAGGAACCGUAUGCGGUGCCGUCGAUAUAUGAUGAUAUAGAUGUUGGAUGGACUGUUAAUGAGUCGUGGUUAAAGGGCCAAGCAGCUUGGAAUUAUCUAGUCCCCAACAGCCUCUACAACUGCCUGACCCUCCUACGCCAGCGCUACAAUGACCCCGACAUCUACGUCACCGAGAGCGGCUGGUCGGGCGCUCCCGACGCUAGUCUCAUAGACGAGGACCGGGUCACGUAUUACGCUACCAUCAUGGAACAGAUGCUGGCUGCUAUAGAUGAGGGGGUCAAGCUGAAGGGUUACAUGGCUUGGAGUUUGCUGGAUAAUUUUGAGUGGAUGAAGGGAUAUACCGAGCGUUUCGGCCUGUACGCCGUAGAAUUCUCCUCGCCCGAGCGGACGCGCACUCCCCGGCUGUCCGCGUUCUUCUACAAAGAGGUGUUACGCACACGCACUGCCGUCGCCGCCGACUACCGCCCUGAAGAGUUUACUAUGAAGAUCGAUGAGGGACAUUGAUAGAGAAUAAAUGGA